AUGAGUUUUAAGAUACUCACGGAUAGGGAUAAUAACAGCAGAGCUCAGGUGAAGGUGUUAAAUUGGGGGAAGGUGAACUACAACAAUAAUGGGCAUGAACUAGAGAACUUUGAUUGGAGGCGGCUGCUUGAGGUUCUCAAGGAAACUCCUUUGAGAGUAAAGGAGCUCCCACGGUUGCAGGCUAAGUGUAACAACAGAGGCACAUAUGGUUUUCGCAAAAAUGAUGAGAUGAAGGCGACAGAAGUUUUGCCAAUUCUGAAGGAGAAGGUUGCAUUCCUUUCGGGUGGGCGAGAUAAGCGUGGAGGUCCUGUCUUGACAUUUCCAGCACGUAGCAACCAUGACAGAAUAAGACAAGAAGAUCUUAGGCGACUUAUCUCCUAUUUAGCUAAUAUUCCAAGUGAGGAAGUGUGUAAGCGAGGGUUCACUGUGAUAGUUGACAUGCGUGGAUCCAAGUGGGACUCCAUUAAACCGCUGCUGAAGAUUCUACAGGAAUCGUUUCCUGGCUGUAUUCAUGUUGCACUGAUCAUCAAGCCAGACAAUUUCUGGCAGAAGCAAAGGACUAACUUUGGCAGUUCUAAAUUCGAAUUUGAGACUAAUAUGGUGUCCAUAGAAGGCCUUACCAAAGUUGUUGACCCAUCCCAGCUCACUCCUGAGUUUGAUGGCUGUCUCGAGUACAACCAUGAGGAGUGGAUUGAGAUCCAUGUGGCCUUUGAAGACUUCAUAAGCAAUGCAUCACACAUGUUGUCCAGAUUGGAAGAACUGCAGGAGAUGCUAGCUAAAAAAGACUUCCCUCAGGACUUGGAUGGAGCUAGAAAAAUGAUUGAUGAGCAUACACUACUGAAGAAGAAAGUCAUCAAAGCUCCAAUUGAAGAGCUGGACCUAGAAGGGCAAAAAUUGCUGCAGCGAAUUCAAAGUAGUGAAAGUUUUCCCCAUAAGAACUCUGUAUCAGGGAAUGCAGACUUUCAGGGCCUUGUACCAAAAGUGUCCAGUAUGCUGGACAGACUGCACUCAACCAGGCAGCAUCUGCAUCAGAUGUGGCAUAUACGCAAGGUGAAACUGGAUCAGUGCUUCCAGCUUAGGCUCUUUGAACAAGAUGCAGAAAAGAUGUUUGACUGGAUCUCUCACAACAAAGGACUGUUUUUGAAUAGCUAUACAGAAAUUGGAGCUACUCAUCAGCAUGCAAUGGAACUUCAAACACAGCACAAUCACUUUGCAAUGAACUGCAUGAAUGUAUAUGUAAACAUCAACCGCAUAAUGUCAGUGGCCAAUCGUUUACUGGAAUCUAACCAUUAUGCCUCUCAGCAAAUCAAGCAGAUUGCCAGUCAGCUGGACCUGGAGUGGAAAGCAUUUGCAGCAGCAUUGGAUGAACGUAGCACCUUGCUUGAUAUGUCUGCUGUCUUUCAUCAGAAGGCGGAACAAUACAUGAGCAAUGUGGAUUCAUGGUGUAAGGCUUGUGGAGAGGUCGAGCUUCCUUCAGAACUACAGGAUCUGGAAGAUUCCAUUCACCAUCACCAAGGUUUAUAUGAACAAAUAACAUUGGCAUACUCUGAGACAACUAUCAUAGCUCGUUUCAUCAAUCGAGAUUUGAAUGGCGUAAUUUUGAUGUUUAAGCAUGGAUUGGACGCUUAA